UGGCGCGAUGUUUUGCUCCAAGAUAGUACUGUUGGUGACGGCUCUGUUACUAGGUCCUAGAACUUCGGAAGCCUUCGGUUGGAACUGGAUAUGGCCCUUUACAACGACCACUACUCAAUCCAGUUCUACCUCGUCCAGUUCUACAGGUAGCAGCAGCGGCUCCGUAGGUUCUAACUAUGCUAUUUCGAUCGGAAACCGGGAAAACACUGUUGCCAACCUGACCGACUACGGAACGUCGAUCUCAGGUUUACAAAUCAAUUUAGCCCGAUUCAACGGAAGUGCGCUGGUUAGUACCGGAGCCGCCCAGAACGUGCUAAGUGACAUAAUCUACUCGGUCACGGAAGAGUACCGGACGCAAUCGGAAGCUGUAGUUGGCAGGCGGUUAGCGUGGAUCGAGGCAACGGUUAACCACGCGACUCAGUACGCUAGGGAACUGCAGCAGAAUGAAAUGAAGGCAUUGCUGAAGGCGUUUUCGGAAGAUGUUCGCGGAAGUGUACGGGAUCUAAGGGAACCCGUGCGGGACUGUUUGGGCCGGGAAGUGGACGUGGAAGACAUGAUACAGUCCGUGACCAAUCGCAGUCAAAGCGGGUGUCUGCAAACAAGAGUUGGGAAUCUGUUGCAAAUACGGGACAGUGCCAGAAGUAACUUAACAAAGUUUUUGAAUAGCUCGGGAGAUGUCGAGGAUCUCGUAGAGCAUUGCGUUGACGUUCAGGAUCAGUUCGACGAUGAGAUGAGUGAUAUGUACAAAUUGGCAUGCAUUUCUUCGGUCCUUCUUAGAAUGCAAACGGAUACGUUCAAUCUGACGUUCACCGUUAACCAACUGACGACGGAAGUUGAUCCGGUGUUGAGUCAAGCUAGUGCUAGCCUGCUGGAGUGUGCAGUCGAUCUGGUAUCGUACGCUUUUGAAGUUUCACUGGGACUGCGUCACUGGAUCAACAUUUGCAGUUCGAGAUGAAUUCGAGUUCUGCUGACAAAUUUGCUCAGAAAUUACUGAUCUGGCAAGGAAUUUGCAGUUGGGUCCGAAAAUUACGUUUUUAUAGUAAUCAAGAAAUUGAAUGCAGUAUUCUAUCAGAAAAACAUUGUUUUUCAAUUCGAAUUUCGGGAUUUAUCAUGUCACAUCGUGCUUUAACGAGUUUCUAUUGAAGUCAGUUUCAAAAACAAUGGAGUGGAGAAACGCGAAUAAUUUAUAAGGUGUGGAAUUUCACGAAUUAAUCGUUUUUAUUAAAACGGAAUUUAGAUAUUUGAAAACUUUUUGCAAAAUUUUAGUUAUGAUCAUUUUGAUUUAAAAUUGUAUUUAAUAAAUAAUAUUUUAUAAUAAAAUAACAUUUUU